UGAGAGAUUUGUGUUGUGAUCGAUGUGGUAACAUAAUCGACAUCGAUCGAUAUGACGUGUACUCUGGUUCUCUGGUCUUCUAAGUCUAAGUGUUCUAAGUGUGUGUGCUUCGUUUUUUCGUUUUAGAGGUUUUAGAGCGAAGUAGAUACAGAACGUACAGAAGAUAGUGACCAUAGUGACUGAUGUCUUGGCAGUACGUAAUGGCGUAUUUUGUAAAUACUUGUAGUCAGUGAUUUUGACACGGAGGUGGUAAAAUGUAUAAUGUAGCAAGGGAGAAAAGUGAUGGAUCUAGAAUUCAGUAUCCACGUGGAUUACCAGGUGACAGAGGCAACAGAGCACAGAUGUGCAUCGCUGGUUUUAUUGCUAUUUUAUUAAUUAUUGGAGGAGUAGUGGUGAACCAUAAAGAAGGCCUGGGAGAGGUCAUAAUGUAUGAAGUUACAGGAUUAGCUGUUGGAGUAACUACUAGUGUAUUGCUACAUGUUGCUUUGAGAACAUUUUUGUUGGCUGAAGAACUACACCACAUUCCUGGACGAUAUCCAGAUAAACUAUGUGCAGCUUGGAAGGCAUACACAUUCAACAUGAAAACCCUUUGUACUUCAAGCAUAUCUGCCAUAGUUGUAUUGCUUAUUUGGACCCUAUUCCAAAACCCAUAUGUAUACUUGUGGUCUAAGGGACUGAUUGCACAUAAUGUGUGUUAUCUAUCUGGUUUCUAUUUCUCCAAGCUGAUUCAGAUGGAAUAUAGUACAGUUCAUGUUUCAGUUCAAAUUGACAAAAUGAACAGUUUGGAUUAUGGAAGUGGAAUGGCCUAUAACUUUUUCUAUGGAUAUUUGCGCUUGGUUCUUCCAGAGUUUGGAACUCAAUCUGUGAAAGGUAUUAAAAAGAGAAUUGAAACGUUCAUCAACAAACAUCGCCUUUCAGAUAGUGCAUUCCCAGUAAAGAAGUUGUUUAUUUUAAUUCCCAAGAGCCUUUAUAUACCCACAGACCUUAAGGAUGUUUCUACAGACUGGCCUGAUGAUAAAUGUUGGAUGGAUGCUGCAAUGAGUUUGGAAGAUCAAGUAUUUGAUCGCGCUGGAGUUAAACAGAGGCUAUAUAAAAAUUCUGUAUAUAAAAUAAAGAAUAGAGACAGUCCAGGAGCACAGCCAGUUUAUGUAGUAGCUGAAGGUGCCACACCCUUAAAAACAUGUUAUGAUGUGAUAAAUGGGGAUCCAAAAAUGUCACGUGUUUUUAAAGAUCAUCAACACGACAUAAUAUUAUCAUUUUAUAAAACACUACGAGACAUUAUUAGAGACAGUGAUGACUGUAGAGAUCUUUGUGAAAUUAUCUACUAUGUAGAUACAGAUGAUAAUAAGAAGAGAAUUAAUGUAGCAAGGAUAAUAUUGGAGAGAAUACAAGAAUUAACUGGAAGAGAUCCCGUACAGAGACAUUGAAACUACAAAUGAAAGCUGAAGACUUGAUAGUGUUAAUGGAUGCAGCCAAUGGUAGACACUGUUUGUACCUGUGGUUACAAUUUUUAUUAGUAACUUUACUGAGGCACAAUAGAUCACUGUGUUCGUGGUGCAAGUGCCAAGAAGUCCCACCUCUUAUACAUUCAUACAUUCAACUUACUGUUUUAUAGAAUACCAAAGAGACAUACUUUUGUUGUCCUCCAGUUGAAGAACCAUACACAUAUGGUAUGGUUACAAGGCAAAACCAUGUGUUGUGUGGUUUUUAAACAUCUAGGUAGGAAACUUUAUAUUACCAAACAUGAUGAUCAGGGAAAUGGCAGGGAAGUUGGUCGUACAUAUUUGUUAUAGUACAAAUUGUUCCUAGUAUGUGUGCACAUACAAAAGUGCACACAUGCACUAUUUCCUGUAUAGUAUUAAACAUUUGAAAUAAUGGUUCUGUAAAUUUUAACACUUUUGUGUUCACAUACAAAGACAUAAUCUGUAUUGUGAUCUUGUGCUGUUUACUAGCAGAACUGGCAUUAUAAUGGUUUUAGGUACAGUAGAACUGAAACUUCUCUUCUUGUGAUAUCCAACAAUUCACUUUAUAUAGAAAUAUAAUUUCCUUAGGCUGUUGAGACUUUAGUAACUUGACAGUCCAUCCUAUCAGCCGAUAGAUGUGUGAGCCUAAAAACUCACAGUUGUGAUGCAAGAGAACAUAUAUUAUAGUUAAUGCUGAGAGAAUUCUACAUAUAUGACACCCUUUGAUGUAUCUGCUGUAAAAUAGUCACAAAAACUGUAUGCUGCAGUAGCAUAGUUGUUACUAUUUACAUGUUAUUUUAACAAAGCUGUCCAUAACUUGGAUCAUGUAGCAUUCAGUGACAGGGUGACUAGUGAAUAAUGAAUUGGAAAGGACAGAGAACGAAGCAGUUGUGACCUAACUUGAGAUACUGUUCUGACAUUUGCUUAAAUUCAGGAGUAGAGGUUCUGGUGUAGAGUGUACAUUCUCCAAAGUUAUGGAAGCUUUCUGUAUUUUGAGGAAGGGGUGUUUAUUGGCUAUUAAAAAUAAACAUCAAUCAGAAAAUAUUCUGAUAUUUAUUUUAUCUUGACUAAUGUAAGUAUUAUAUUUAUU